AUGAAGACUAUAGCGAAUGCCACACAGAAGACAGUGACGCAGGCAAAAUCUGGCCCGUCAAAAGCUCGACCCACCACCAUCAAACAGCGACAUCAAGAAAUAACUCAAAACCCUACUUUGGACAAGUAUUCAGGAAUGAGUCUUCCGAAAUUACGACAAAUAGCAAAACCUCUUGGUAUACCGGGAUCUGGAGAAAUGCGCAAGGAUGAAUUGCUCCAAUUGUUUCUUCUCUACGACUCGGAAUUGACUGCAACUGCUGAUGACUCUGAUCCCGUGGUGCAAUCUUCAAGAUCUGACAAGAAUCAAAACGCAGAUACUGGCCCAUCAAAAGAGAAUCCUGUGACCAGGUCUAGAUCCCGGCGAUGUUUGACUUCCAGCAAUCACAGCACUCUAGAACCAUCAAACAGAGCAGCGGCUGAUAACUCUAAUACCACGGCCGGAUCUUUGAAAUCUGACAAGGAGCGGUAUCCAGGUGGUUCAACUUCCAGAUCAAAUGAUAAUUGUAUCCCCGUUAGUUCUACAUCCCGGCGAUGUUCAACUAACCGAAAUCUCAGCCCUCUGGAUACUUUAACAGAAGAUCACGAGUCCGAUAUCAAGAUUGAUGCUGAGAUAUUCACGACACCAGACGUGCAGGUUGUGAAAGGACACACUCAUCAUAAUCAAGGUAGUCGGGAAGAGAGAGAUGAGCGCUGCUUGAUUGAUGAAGGCAUUGAAGAUCAGGCUAUGCCACUUCCAAGCCGCGGCAGAGGCACCGCUCUCCCCCGUCCUCGUCCAACUGUGCUGUCGGAAGUCGCCAAAGGUAAACAGCGCCGACGAUCCCCAAGCUCAGAUGAUUGGGUUCCAGAGGCCAGCAAAGAUGGAAAUAGUCCGGGUAGCUCAAGUAUGGAACUCGAGGGAUUGGAUGAAGAUGAAGGCGCGGAACUUGCUGGCAUGGACAUCGACAGUGCAGAUCAGGACGACUCAAUGAGUGUUUCGGGAGCCUCCGGUUUGAAAGAAGAGACUGAUGAUGACGAUGGUGGUGCAAGAGCGGCCAUUUCGAGGUUGUUGGAAGCAUGUGACAAUGCUAAUGAUACUAGUUCUGGACCAGGAGCACAUUCCGGCUCAAGAGACAGAAAUCGUAACGAUACCGACAAUCAAGAUCUGCGCCAGACAGUUCGCGAUCUCACCAAACUCGUCAUGCAUUUGGUAUCCAACUCAUCUUCAAGUACAAAACCAAGAACCAAGGUCAACAAUAACAAGCCUCGUGGAAGUACUUUCCGAGCUCGUAUUCGGAGCCACAUAAGAACAAUGAUGGGAUUGAAAGAGGAUGACGCCGUUCCUCCAAGCGCCACUCCUGCUCAGCGGUCGUCAUGGAAGAUUCAUACUCCUCGAAAAAGCAUGCUUUUACCGUGUCGCCUCAAUCGUGAAGUCGCAAAUGGUCUCAACAGCUCGGCGAAUGAUCCGCGUUUUCCGUUCAAAGGAGGGCCGGGCGGAGAACACUCAAAUCCGCAGAUACUGCUGAUCAUGUGGACAAUGAUGAAUUGUGUCGGAGUUUCAUCAUUUCAUCCAAUCUGGGAGGAAAGUCCAUCUUCUCCAACCAACACCUUUCUAUGGAACCGCGCUACCUCGACUUUCAUUCACCUCGUGAAGGCUGGGGAGUACAAUGAUAUAAGCGCUGAAGAUUCAAAGUUUGACAUCGUCUUCAAAGCGCUGAAAGAGCACGCAAGAUCAUCCCUUAAACGCACGUUCCGACAGACAAAUGAAUGGUCACAGGCCAAGAUUCGAGCUCAUAAGAAGCAGGGUGUUUGA